AAAACACUGUCAUAUACCGCUGACUUCUGCUGCAUGUGAGAAAAUGCGUCACGAGUCAUUUUAUUUUGAAGUUUCGACAACCGGAAGACGUAUUUGUCAUCUAGGAGCGCAGAUCAACGAGCCGAGCUUUCAUGUUAACCUGUUAAAAUUACUAACAGAAGGGAGGAUGAGCAGCUCAGAGGAGGUCUCCUGGAUUUCCUGGUUCUGUGGCCUGAGAGGGAAUGAGUUCUUCUGUGAGGUUGAUGAAGACUACAUACAGGAUAAGUUUAACCUGACAGGUUUGAAUGAGCAGGUGCCUCACUAUCGCCAGGCCUUGGACAUGAUCCUUGACCUUGAGCCAGAUGAGGAACUUGAAGAUAAUCCCAAUCAGAGUGAUCUGAUAGAGCAGGCAGCAGAGAUGCUCUAUGGGCUUAUUCACGCACGGUACAUCCUCACCAACAGAGGCAUUGCACAGAUGCUGGAAAAGUAUCAACAAGGGGAUUUUGGGUAUUGCCCCAGAGUCUAUUGUGAGAAUCAGCCAAUGCUUCCUAUUGGAUUGUCAGACAUUCCUGGAGAGGCAAUGGUGAAGCUUUACUGCCCAAAGUGCAUGGAUGUUUACACCCCCAAAUCGUCCAGACACCACCACACAGAUGGAGCCUACUUUGGGACAGGUUUCCCCCACAUGCUGUUCAUGGUGCACCCUGAGUAUCGUCCAAAGCGACCAGCCAACCAGUUUGUGCCAAGGUUAUAUGGUUUCAAAAUCCACCCAAUGGCUUAUCAACUCCAACUUCAAGCUGCCUCAACUUUCAAAAGCCCGGUCAAGACAAUUCGCUAGAACUCUGCUUCAACAACACAGAGAGGAUUCAAAGACUUUGUUGUCUAUUAUAUAUUUGAAGCAGGAUUAUAUAUUUCCAGUGAAUGCCUGUACAGUUCCCCAUACUCACCUUUGUUGAUAGAAACACUCAGAUUCAGAUUCAUUUAGUGAAACCUGUUACAGUUUAGCAGUUAGGUUUUUUUGGUAUUGACUCUGCAACUUUUCCCAACUGGUCAAUCUCCUUAUCCCAUGUUGAACCAGUACUGAUGUAAACACGUCUUCAUGUUAGAGUUGUUCCUCUGCAGCAGAAAAGUGGCUAUUAUGUGUUAGAAUUAAAAAAUCUGCAGAGUGCUUUAUGGCUCAGCAGCAAGAGAUUGGAUAUAUCAGGAUUUGCCUUAUCAAUGAUAGUCAUUCUAUUCUGUUUAAGAUCAACAUUAAAUUGCAAAUAAUAUUAUUUUCAAGAAUGGAUUGUGCAAAAGCUUUAAUGCUGUUAAAUUCAGCAAUUUAAUUUCCAAAAUAUUUUAAUGUGAACAGGUGCUAUUUCUGAGAAUCAAAAACUACCAAUUUAGAGAGUUCCUGCAGAUCAUUAAAUGAGAUUAUCAUAAAUUAAGGUCAUAUAAAGUCUUACAAAGCCGUAUUUUUAGGCACUCUAAGACUUGUUUACACCGUCUUGUUAGCAUUAGAUAUUUCUAUUAACACAGUUUUUUGUGGAUGUAAUGGUUCAGAAACAACAGUUCAGAAAGAGAAGUAGAUGGGGAAAAUGCAAGGUCAGGACUUCAAGAUGGGAAUACAGAAAAAAAUGGCAGUGGCAGACACCGACUACUACAAGGUGACUUGUAAGAUUUACAAAAAAUAAAAUUGGGAUAAUAAUAAAGCUGUUGGGUCAGAUUUCAGAAAAGUCCUCGUGGUGAAAAAUUGGCUGCAGCUUAUCUGUGUCUGGGUCUUAAAUUUGAUUUAAGAACUGGUGCAGCGACUCUGGACUUAAAGGACGAUCAAGAACAAUAUUUUGAAAAUCAAUGAAUGCUUGGUUUUUAAAAAUAUAUAAAAUAAAUCAAUUUAGACUUUGAAAUUCUGUGGCUGUGUAAGUACUUGAUUUAUAAAGGAAACUACAAAUAUUAA